AUGAACUGCACUACACCCCUCGAAUGUAUGGUUUUCUGUCACCAUGGAGAUGAAACAAAAUGGAAUAAAACGAUAACCCUUCAAGGCCAGACAGAAAGACAACGGCUUUACAGCUCAGAUCUCGGUUUAAUAGAGCGGAUUGCAGCAGAGAUGAAAUUUGAUCUUGCUGGCGUGGGAAGAGAUGACUUUUACAUGAAGGAUCGGGGGGAAGAGUCUUUAGAACCGUCAGUAUACAUCAACGGUGUUACAUCCCCAAACCUAUUUUACUACGGUUUAUAUACGGUGGAAAAAUUGACCAAUGCGACGAGACGCCAUGGUCAGAUAUUCAACAUGUACCACAACAUUGCCUCAGCCAUCUCGUACAGCUAUGCCUUCCACAUAGAGGCUCGCGACGCAACUCCUGAACUCAAAGCCGCCCGAAGUGCCUUCAAUAUAACGGGCAAGGCCUUCAAGGAUGAGUCAUACGUCGACAUCACCUGGGGCUGGAUCAGCUUUCUCGCUAGUGAGCUCCUACUAGCCACAAUAUUGCUUCUUUUGACAAUCUACGCUCAAUUCAGAGAGCGCAGACGGCAUGCAAAGGAUGAUACAGCCACGCCCAUGUUCCACGACUACAAGGAUGGCAGGCUAAUUACCUAG